GUGCAGCGAAAGCAGUUCCAGCAACGUCUGUCUGAUUUUACAGCGUCCGCAGUUCUUUCUGGGGUUUUUUUUAUCGGACAGAAAACUUACCUACUGUAUUUUCCAGGGGUUUUUUUUUAGAGAGGAGCGGAUAUACAGGGCAUUACGGUUUGUCAACGCCCCUGAGGGCGGAGUCAUCACAGUUAGAGCCAGUGAGAGUGAGCUAAGAGAAGUUAAACUGAGCGGACAGGACCAGACCCUGGGUUCUCACAAGGCGUGUGCUAUCAGAGUACCAGCCAGCACUUCCUUUACUCUGUUGCCUGUCAUUCUAUAAAUACAUAUACAGAUUUAUUUUUUUUUUGUAUGUAGGUCUGGAUAAAAGCUUUUUAAAUCCCCAUUCUCCAAAUUCUGCGCUGGAUUUGUGUUGGAGUAGCAAGUGCAUCGAGAUCCUGGAUUUGAAAUUUCGUGAUAGACACAUUUUAUAUUUAGAGAGAAUUUUUUGUGUGUGUGUGUGUGUCUGAAGACAAGUUGGGCUUCAAGCAACUCUCUCUCUCUCUCUCUCCUUCCCCUCCUCCCUCCCAACUCCAACACCACCUUCGGUCGCCAGCAGCUGUUUGAGACGGAUCCAUUCUGUCUGUGUCUGUGCGUGUGCGUGAGAGAGUGUGAGAGAGAGAGGAAGGUCUCCGCCGAGCGAACUUGGGUCUUUUCGCAGUUGGUUCGGGCGAGAAUCUGAAGUCUGUUCGCCCCGUGGACGGAGGGGGAGAGAGGGCAACGGGAAGUGGCGAAGAGAGAAAAUUAAUGCUUUAUUCACAUUCGGAGGAUGUUACAGUGAAAACAGUGGAUUGACGGCGAGAGAUCUCCUUCAACUUUAUUUUUUAAAAUUUUUUUUUGGUCUCUCGGCCCUUCGCCUGCUUUCUGUUGGGAUACAAUAUUUGAACCAGCAACAUGAAAUCGUUUCUAAAUUUGCUCAGCUGUUUUCUAGUCACCCUGCUGUACGUUGACAGUACGAAGAUGGCGCACAUCCCGAACGAAAGAGCUCGCAAGAGCGAAGUUAUCAAGUUCAUGGAGGUGUGGAACAGGAGUAAUUGCCAACCGAUGGAGAUCCUGGUGGACAUCUUGCAGGAGUACCCAGAGGAAGUGGAGCACCUCUUCAAGCCUUCUUGUGUGCUUCUGAGGAGAUGUGGGGGAUGCUGCAGCGAUGAAGGGUUAGAGUGUGUGCCCACAGAAGUGAAUAAUGUCACAAUGGAGGUAAUGAAAAUCAAGCCUCACUACGGGCACCAUUUAAGUCAAAUGCACUUUGAGGAACACACUAAAUGUGUUUGCAGACCAAAGAAAGAUAGACACGAUGCAGCAAAAAGCAAGCCGAAGAGAGGGAAAAGAAAGGGUCAGAAACGAAGGAGAAGGAAAAUCAGAGCGAGACAAAGCAGGCCUCACUGUGAGCCUUGCUCAGAGAAGAGAAAGCACUUGUUUAUUCAGGAUCCACAGAGCUGUAAAUGUUCGUGUAAAUUCACACAUUUACGUUGCAAGUCAAAGAGGCUUGAGUUAAAUGAACACAGUUGCAGGUGUGAAAAGCCCAGGAGAUGAGAGUGGAGGCAUAGAAACAAGAUAUAUUUUCUGUCAGUUUUUUAAUCAUUGCUUAUUUUAAAAAAAGUGUCUUUUUUUAUGAGAAAGAAGACAGAGACAUGAAGGAUAGAACGAGCACAGCACUUUGAAUUCAAUCAAAAAAAGAUUUCUGGAGACAAAUUUAAAUAAAACAAAAAGAGUCAUUCCUGGGAAGAAGGCCUUCUGUGACUCGUGGUGAUAUAUAAUUCUAAAGAGGCCUGGUAUUAUUGAAACACAUGCUGCUAAAAUUACUUGGAAAACUGAUGGUGAAGAGAUGAAUCCAGACUUUCUGGUUCUAUUCAUUGGGUCAAUCUUUAUAAGACAUAUAGAAAAAAAACUCAAGCUUGCGAAAGAUUUCUUGUAAUGACUGAAGAUCUAAAUAUAUCUUAUAUAACUAUACGGACGCUUAAGAGCUUCAAGUCAAAGACCCGCCAUUUUCCAGGGAAUGAUGAGCAAGGAAAAAGACCUUUUAAUUGGAAGGGUUGGACUUCAGGCCGGGGUGAGUGUGAAGAUGAUAACAUGUGCCUCAAGACUCUACUUUUCAAAAGAGAAUUGGAGACCUCAGCUCGAACUAACAACACCCUUGUAACCAAAUCUGGCAGGGACUAGAAGCCAAACCAACAAAGAGGACCUGACCGGGAGCCCCACACGCCACACUUCUCCAAAACCCUCUCUGCUGGGGAGAAGUUUGUUUCAAUCCUCUACACCGUGCCCCCCUCAAAACCCCCAACUGCCCUACCCAACCCGCACCAACCCCCACCCCAACAACUCUCCACCCAACAGCAGCCUGGGUCCAGCGUCUCCAAGGAACGGUGGUGAAAAUCUGGGGUCGCGACCACUGGAACAUUCAAAAGGGAUAUCCGGGCCGCGACCAAGCAACAGAUGGGGGAGACGAGAAAGGACUGCGGAGGUGUAUAACCUGACAAAACAACGAAACCAAAGGGCUGGGAGGGUUCUGCAGAGGAAAUGUUUUUUAAUUGCAGGCUGGAAAUGUUUUUUUCUGCUGCUCGCCUGACCGUACCUUUAGACAGGCCGUGUGUGUGUGUGUGUGUGUGUGUGUUUAUUGUGGCGGGGGGGGGGGGGGGGGGGGGGGAAAAGCU